AUGAUUUGCAACAGCAGCUGUGAUUUUUUUCGAGAAGAGCUAGAACCCAACCCAGAUGUUGGCGGGGUCGGCGUAUUGAUCGGGUUUCUGGGUACUGCCUGGCUCGUUGUGAUUCUGGUAAUCACCCGUUAUAUUCUGGCUUUCAACCCCGGUGAAGACCCCCUACAUGAUCCGAAACGCGAUAGAACGGGUCAUCGUAAGCACAUUUGGCACCCGAAUCCCGUCGACAUGAAAGCUGUUGGUAUGUUGUUGGGGCUUCGCAGGUGGUUUGGGGAUCGCAUAGACUGGGACCAAGUAACAACCAAGGCACGUGCUGCACAUUUGUUUUGCUUGCCAUCUUGGCUCCGCACAUUUGUUCUGACAUUAUGCUCUGUGGUGGCCAGAUAUUGCUCAGGUUUUGUGACGUCCAGCUUCUCACAGGGCUCGGGAUCCUGCUAA